GGAAUGUUCCAGAACUUCCAGCAAUGGUCAGAAGGAGCUGUUUCCAGAUUCAGCUCAGAAGCCAUAUUCUCCAAAAUCUGGAACAUGGAGAUUUCACAGCCCCCAUAUUCUGGAUAAUUCACACAAAGCUUGGGAGUUGGAGAUGAGGGAAUCAACACAGGCAUCAAAGAGGAGACAGAUGCCAAGACUAGCAUGGAGGAGAGAUUGCAGCUGAUCUGGAGGUUCCUACCUAUGCACUGAUGGCCAUGAGAUGAACAGCCCAGAGUCCACAGGAAUCCACAAAGCAUUUAUCUGGAUUUCAGUUAGGAGUGACAGAAGCAUUCUUCUUGGGAUGGGCCUCCUCACCCUCUACUCCAUGCCAGCAACCUGAAAGUAGAGAAAUGCCAGGUGCCUCUGGGCUGCAUCAAGGAGCCCCCACUCCUCCUGGGAGAAAUAUACAGCCACAUCUUCAAAGGUUACCAGGCUCUUCAAUGAGGGGACAGCUGAGCCACAGGGCCAACAGUCACAGCUGUCUCUGCUAUUCCUAACACUCAAAUCCAAGACUCAACUGGCCCCACCUUGGCUUGGGGACUCAGCUUAGGCUGACCCUUUGUGAUCUUGCCACUCCACCAGCCUGACAAAAACCCCAGGAUCCCACUUAAGAGGAGAUAACAUGCCCUGACCAUAAAAAGGAAGGCCACAAAAAUGCAGUGAGCUGCAGAGAGGUACCCUGCUGUCCAGCUGCCCAAAGCACACAUCUGGACUACGUCCGUCAGCCCCUCACUGGCCUUCCUGCUCCACCCUCAGCAUCCCUCCAGUCUGCUCUCCACUAGGCAUCUAUAGGGAGUCUGUUAAGACUGGAGUCAGAGCACCUCCUUCCUCUGCUCCAAACCUUCCAUGGUUGACACCACCAUCAGAAUGCAGGCCCAGCUCCUCAGGCUGCCAUUCCAGGCCUAAGUCUGGUUUACGUGCUCUGUUUCCACCAGACUAAAUGGAGAUCUGCAGUCCCUGGGAUGCUUCCAUGUCAUCACCACUAGGCAAGGCACACAUGCCGGGUCCCUGUGCCUGGGACAGCCUUCCCGAUUUCAUUCCAUAGGAUUCCAGAAAUGAGAAUCCCUCGAUAUAACCCCUGGCCUGGAUUCAGGAUCGCAAGGGUAAGUGACCCUCACACAGGGCCCAAGACCCAUGUGUGAGGACAGGACACAGCCAGGCUUCCCAGGACACCAACAUCCCCUGUAUCUGGGCUUCAGGAUCCUGAGGGCCGGAAUCCCAGCGGAGAGGACCCGGGGCACACUCCACUCACCUGCGCCGGGCCCAUCAGCGACGCCGGCAACCCCACUGGAACCUGUGGGCUGGGCAGUGCCAUAACAGGAGGUGCCAGGGCUCGCUCAGCCGGACCCUCACACCUCCACUGGGUGGCGCGAACAUGGGCUGACGGUCGCACUCGGGGCCUGUCUUCCCAGAUACAAGGAACAGGGAGCCGCCUCCGGGCACCGCAGGCACGAAAGUUGGGUCAGGAGACUCCGGAGACCCGUGGCGCUGGCUCCAACUUUCGGGAUCACCUUGGUUCAGAAAAGCAGAGUCGUGAGUCUGGGGCUAGGGUGUGUGCGCAUGCGCGGUGACGGCCCUGCACCCACUCCCGCGCGGUGGUCCAGCUCCGCAGGCCUGCUGCAGCCCAACCCGCCAGCCUCAAACUGAGGACCGCGACGGCGGCGCCGGAAGUCCCGCCCCUCGUCGGAGCCUUCAUUGGCUCAGGGCACGCUACCGACUAUGAUACUGUUCCCUGUCCUCGUCACUCUGCGUCUAUGUCGUUGCCAAGGGGAUUGAAGAACUGCGUGUGACGCGUCGCCGCUCACGCAACGCAAACUACAUUACCCAGAAGGACCCUCGCAGAGCACCGGAGCUGGCAUUGGCAGCCCAGGAGAAGGGCACUUCCGGGCGGGGCGUAAAGACGAUGGCCAAUCACAGCCUGCAAGCGGGACUUCCGUCGUCGUCCUCGGACUAUCACUUUGGCAUUUAUCGGUUUUGUCUGCACCGGAAGGGACCGCGUUUCCAGGCGAGGGACGUAAUCUUGGGAGCCUUCUGGGCCCAUGAAAGGAGCGAGGAAGGCACGAGACUCGGGGAAGUUCCGCCCCUGCCGCGACGAAUGUCGCCCCCGCGAGCCCCAGCGUUCCCCGCUGCCGUAGAUAAAGCCGGCCCAGUGGGACCCUCAGGCCGCACCGCGCGGAGGUGUCCGCGGCUUCCGGGGGUCGUCACUGGCAGUUGUGUCGGCUUUAUGGGGCGCGAGGCCGAAGCCAAGAAAAGCGUUUGGCGGUCUUGACCCAGCGUGCGGACAGCUCCAGGCAUGGAACGUGUGCCAAGGGUCUCCUGGCACCCACUCGGUUGGACUCAUCCCCAUUGUCCUAACUCUCUGAUUGAGGAGUAUCUGCCCAGGUCCCCCGCGGCCCUACCGAACAGUGUGGAGCGUUCACAGGAUCUGAUGGCCUUUGAGGAUGUGGCUGUGUACUUCUCCCAGGAGGAAUGGGGGCUCCUGGACACAGCACAGAGGGCCCUGUACCGCCACGUGAUGCUGGAAAACUUCACACUUGUGACCUCACUUGGACUCUCCACCUCCCGACCUCUUGUGGUCAUUCAACUUGAGCGUGGUGAGGAGCCCUGGGUUCCCAGUGUGAAGGACAUGACCUUGGCCAGGAAUGUCUAUGGGAGGUGCAACACUGGUUCCUGGCGUUUGGAAGAGGAUGGAGAUGUUUCCGGAGAAGCAGCAUGGCCAGGGGCCUUCCCAGAUACUCCACCUGUGAUGACUGCUAGUGUCUUCCCUGUUGCCGGUGCCUGCCACAGUACAGAAGGCCUGAAGCAACAACGGGGUGCCUCCCCAUCUCGGGAGAGAAAACCCACGGGGGUGUCGGUGAUAUACUGGGAGAGGCUCCUGCUAGGCUCAGGCAGGGACCAGGCCAGCCUGCGACUGACCUCCCCGCUCAGGCCCCCAAAGAGCAGCCGGCCCAGGGAAGAGACCCUCACAGACCACCUAGUGCCUAGGAGGCAGUCCAGGGUGCCCAAGCGUCAAAAAUCAUGUGCGCCGGAGUGCCCUGGGAGAGCCUCCGGGAACGCCCCGGACCUGAAGGCCGCCGGUGGUGGAGGGGAUCAUGGAAUGGGUUCGGCUUGGCAGGAGCCUCAGAGGCUCCUCGGUGGCCAGGAGCCCUCGACCUGGGAUGAGCUGGGCGAGGCUCUCCACGCUGGGGAAAAGUCCUUCGAAUGCAGGGCGUGCAGCAAAGUGUUCGUGAAGAGCUCCGACCUCCUCAAGCACCUACGCACCCACACCGGGGAGCGGCCCUACGAGUGCUCCCAGUGCGGCAAGGCCUUCAGCCAGACGUCGCACCUGACGCAGCACCAGCGCAUCCACAGCGGCGAGACGCCCUACGCGUGCCCCGCGUGUGGCAAGGCCUUCAGGCACAGCUCCUCACUGGUGCGGCACCAGCGCAUCCACACGGCUGAGAAGUCCUUCCGCUGCUCCGAGUGCGGCAAGGCCUUCAGCCACGGCUCCAACCUCAGCCAGCACCGCAAGAUACACGCGGGCGGGCGUCCCUAUGCCUGUGCACAGUGUGGCCGCCGCUUCUGCCGCAACUCGCACCUGAUCCAGCACGAGCGCACGCAUACGGGCGAGAAGCCCUUCGUGUGUGCGCUCUGCGGUGCCGCCUUCAGCCAGGGCUCCUCACUCUUUUUGCACCAGCGUGUGCACACGGGCGAGAAGCCCUUCGCUUGCGCACAGUGCGGCCGUUCCUUUAGCCGCAGCUCCAACCUGACCCAGCACCAGCUCCUGCACACGGGCGAGCGGCCCUUCCGCUGCGGGGACUGUGGCAAGGGUUUCGCCAAGGGCACUGUGCUGCUGAGCCACCGGCGCAUCCACACGGGCGAGAAGCCCUUCGUGUGCACGCAGUGUGACCGUGCCUUCUGUGAGCGCCCAGCCCUCUUGCACCACCAGAGGAUCCACAGCACAGAGAAGACCAAUGCCGGAGCAGCAGACUGCACCCCCGCGCCAGGACUCCUUCAGGUGCAUCGUCGGAAGGUGCGUCGGGGAGGGAAGCCCAGCCCAAUCCUGAAGCCAGCGAAAGUCUGAGGUCACAGGUUGCAGCCUCACCCUUUCGUGGCCUUAUGUGAAUCCCUUUCAUAGCUAAAGAGUCCAUGUCCUCUUCAAAUCCACGAUGGGGAAAAGCCCUGUGCCUGAGUCAGGGAAGAGGGAGACCCUUUGGGUGUGGUUCCAUUUGCAGGUGGGAAGGGGAUUUGCCAGUUUAUUCAUAGCUCACACCUCCAUCCCCAAAGAGGUAACAUUGCAGAAGCAUCAGAGUGAGGACAUGUCAGCUGGGACUCUGGUGGGACUGAGGCUGUAGCUGGAGCCAUAGGAGGCUGACAAAAUCAGCAGUGCACGAUGGUGCUGCUUCAUGUGUGAUGAUACUGGAUGCUGAAGUCAGGGGAAUGCAGACGUGGGGUAGGGGUGGCCAGAGAAACUUAGGGCAUCUGCAUACAAACUGGCUGCUGUACAGACGCUGAGGACAUUUUCCCCCCAGGCCUCUGUGCAAGCCUUCGUGGGGGCCAUCCCUCCAGAUAGGAGACGGUAGGGGGCUGAGAAUCAGGGUGUGGUCUAUGAGUAUCAGCGUCCUCCUCUGGGAAAAAGAAAAGGCUUGGGUCUUUUCAGCAUCAUGUUUGCAGAUUCUGACAGGCAGGAUCCUAAUGACAGUCAACCUGUGCUCACUGCCGUCUCCUGGGCUGUGUGUGCUCUGGUCAGCCAAGUGUGAGGGGCUGGCCUGGGGUCAAGCACACAGCCGACUCAGGAGAGGGAUGCCCGUGGGGGAGCAUGUGGCUCUCAGCACUGGAAGGACAAAUCUAGGAUGAUGGUUUUCCAGUGGCACUUGUUCAGGUGCUCAUCCACGUCUCAGCUUGGCCAAGGCCUGUCACGGACUUGUUUACCAAAGUCGAUGUGAUGAGGAGGCUUUACACUUGAAAGGACAGUGAUAGCUUCAGAGCAGAUAAAGUGGAGCUGCUCAUUUUUGCUAGGUUUGGUGGCCACUUUCCCCCAUCCAACUCCCUGUCUCAUCUUACCCUUAUUAUGCCUCCUCAGUUGGGGGUUUGACAAGAGAGCUGAAUAGGAAGGACUUGCCAUUACCUAAGGCCAUGCAUGACACCCUCCUGAGGACUUCCCCACCCCGUGUAAUGGCCCUGUCCAGAGAUAGAAGGGUGGACUGGGGGCCAUUUGCUUCCUGUGGCCUUAAGCCUACUAUACCGCAUCCCUACCUAGGACCUUACUUUCAAGGAAAUUAAUGGUCUUUUCAAUGGAAAAAAUAAAAAGAUGAGCAUU